AUGACACCCGAGCAGAGCGCAGCGAUUGCAGCUGCGAACGCCAACGAUGUCCUUCUCAUCAGCCAUGCCAUCGGCCCACGCAUAGGACCUGAAUCUAUCACGCGCCACGGAUAUCGUCUCGUCCUCGCCGACCGCUUCUAUCGCGAGACCCUCCCUGGGCCCCGCACAACGGCCAUCGUCAGACCGGUCAAUAGUCUGCUUCCGCAUGACUGGGUGAUGUAUCGGCGAUUCGGAAAAGACUAUUGGCGCAAUCAUAAUCGAGGCAAGACCAGCAUUUCCAUUGUGAAGUUGUUGGACGAGCACUCUUACAUUGACGUGAGGCCAAGCGACGAGACCAUCUUUCAAAGGCUUCUUCACGGCAUCUGUCCCUACGAAGCAUGCCGCAAGGGACUUGUACCGCUGAACGAGUACAGCGCUCGUGUCCUGCGCAGCUUUCGAGAGCCCGUCCAGAACAGAGACAUAACACGCGGCAACACCAUUUGCGCCAUAUGUAUGGGCACCCGCAUCUACCGUGAACACGAAGAGCAAGUAGCACGAUUUGUCGCGCGUCCUGUAGAAUUUGAUCACACUGAUUAUCAGGUGCACAUUCAUCGAGUCAACGAUCGACGCCGCGAGCUACUAUAUGAGCCAAUCUCAGAGAACACAUCACCGACGCAUUUGACCGUCCCCCCAACUUUGCCAGGUAUAAGUCUUGAUUUGAGCCAACUGACAUUAUCAGACACGACUCACAGAAAUCCCGAUAGCGAAGGCGCAGGGAGCCCAAGGCCAGCUGCGGCAAGCGAGACAGCACAAGCAGGACCAUCCUCGGCUGUGAUUCGAUUCCUAUCGCAAUACAGCUCGAAUUCAGCUAUCAGCCCAGUCAUUCAACCCGGGUAUGCCAAGCCAACAUCAGUCAAGCCAUAUUUCUUCUACAAGAAAGCGGCAGAGCGCGUCUUAGACAACGAGUGCCAAGUGUGCCACGAGUCGUUUGAGGAAGGGGGAUUGAUCGCCGAAUUACCGUGCUGGCACUUCUUCCACGCGGAAUGCUUUCAAAAAUGGCUUCUGCGGAAAUGUCCUUUGCGUUGCAAUGCGGAUACAGUCCCGCCGUAG